AGUCCCGGGCGGCUGAAAACUUCCCGGUCCCGGGCGGGGCGGCGGCAGUUUCGGUUCGUGCCCGGCCCCAUGGCAGCGCCCCCCCGCCUCGGAGCGACCCUCCUGCUGCUGCUCCUGCUGCGGGCUCCCCCCCCAGGCUCGGGGAAUGAGGGGGGCGCACUUGGGCUCUGCAAAUGCCAGAGGCUGAAGAGGGCCCCCGGGGGCCGGCUCCAGGACCUCGCCGACAAAGUGAAGGGCUACCAGGCCUGCGGGAGGCACCUCGUCCGGUUCGAGCUGCCCCGAAUACAGAUCUGUGGGCUGGCCAGCGCCGACUGGGUGACCGAGCUCCGGGGGCUCUGGGAGAAGAAAGAAGCCGGAAGGAUUGAUGCCCGCCAAGGGGGCGGGGGGCCGGCUCCGAACCCCCCCAAUGCGCCCCUGGCCCCCAACGCCUACCCCCCCAUGCCCAGCACAGCCCGACCCCUAGAAUCCCAUGGAUCCACAGAUGCCCCCCCGGAGCCGCCUGCAGCCCCAGAGCCCCACGGCCAGACCCCCAGAGCCCCACGGACCCACGGCCAGCCCUAUGGAGCCCCACGGACCCUCAGACGGACCCCCAGCGCCACACGGACCCACGGCCAGACCCCCAGAUCCCCACGGACCCUCAGACAGACCGUCGGCACCGCACGGACCCACGGCCAGCCCCACGGAUGA